CAGGUGCUGUUAACAAUGGCUCUCCAACAGUUCGUGUGCAGUUUCACAUUGGUGAUCAUCUUCUUAUGCAAAGAAUGUGGGAGCAAGCCUGGGAACAGCAGCAGCAUUAUCACAGGUCAAGAUGCAACACCAGGAAGUUGGCCCUCGUAUGCUGCUAUAGUUAUAGUUGGAUUUCAGUUUGGAGGGUCUCUGAUCAACGACCAGUGGGUGCUGACAGUUGCGUCCUUCAUUCCACUUGACACACUAACAGAGUGGGUUCCAACUGUGUAUCUGGGAGGUUACAACCUGUCAGGUUCAAACCCAAAUCAAGUGAAUCGAACAGUGGAAAACAUCAUCUGCCAUCCUGAAUUCGACUUCACAACUCUUGAGAACAACAUAUGUCUUCUGAAGCUGUCAGCUCCUGUGAAUUUCACAGACUACAUUCAGCCGAUCUACUUACCCUCAGAAAACAGCACUUUCAACAACGAGCGCAGCAGCUGGAUUAUCGGUUUGGUUUAUAAUAGUGAUGGUACUUUCACCAAAACCCUGCAGGAGGCAAAAGUACCAAUAGUGGAAAACAAUGAGUGCAAAGGCAUCUUUCAAGGGAGCUAUCCCAAGAUUACAGAGAACAUGAUCUGUGCUGGAGACAAUGAUUCAUGGGAGCUGGUGGCCUGCAGUACCACCACCUUCCGCUAG